UCUUCGACGAUUCGGCCCGGCCCGGCCCGGUUUAGUCCGCACCACCACCACUGCAACUCCCAAGGUCCAAGCCCUUGCCCUAUCUCCCCUGCCUCCGGUCCGCUCGCCGCCCGAUCCCGCCGGCCGCCGCUCACCGGCGGCAACCACCUACCCACCCGCCGCUCUUUGCCCCCGCGCCCGCCUCGCGUCGCCAGCAUCCAGGCCAAUCGAUCUCGCCCCUCGCCCCUUCCCCAUCAAUCAAGGAGCAGGGGCAGCAGAUGGCGGCCAUGGGCGACGACCUCCGGCUGGACCUGGACAAGCUCCCCAUCAAGCGCCUCGAGGCCAUCGACGAGGCCGGCAACGAGCACUACCCGCCGGACACCAGCAGCGAGGAGCAGCGGCUGGCGGCCAUCCGCCGGGUCGACUUCUCCUGGGUCGUCGAGCGGGACGCCAAGAAGGCCAAGAAGGCGGCGGCCGAGGACGCCGCCCAGAAGGCCUGGCCCUGGCAGGGCCUCCACGAGAGCCUGCAGCUCGCGCAGCAGGAGCUCACCGUCGUCCUCGACCUCAUCUCCACGGUCGAGGCGAAUGACACCGUGGCCGUCGCCACCAUUUCCAAGCCCAGGCCGCUGCCGGACGAAGUCCUCGUCGACAUGGCCGUCUCCGCCGCCACCAAGCUCCAGCGGCUUCGGCAUCUGGGACGGUACUUCAAACAAUCGGCAAAGACGAUGCAGCAGCAGUUCCAGAAGGAGGCUAGGUUCUACGGCUCGUUGAUCAGGUUGCAGCAGAACUGGAAAGUCAAGAGGCAGCGUGGGAAUGCUCCAGGAAUCAACAGCUUCAUGUUUGAUGUGGUUGACACUUCUCAGUUGGACACGGCAGCGAUGCCACGGAUGUCGUCGUUGUCACUGGUUCAGAUUGACCAGGACUCGUCGGGCACUUUGUCUGUGCAAGUCCCCCAAAAGGCGUGCCGUUUCUUGAGCCUUCAGUUCCGCCGGGACAGUGCCAACGGCCCGGAAAGCUAUGCUUGCAGAACAAAAGGUGUCUCAAGCACCACUUCUUCUGCAGCGGAAGAUGAUGCGUUGGAGGAGGAUGAUGUCAAUAAGUCUGUCAAACAGGCACAUUCCAUUCUUCGCAAUAUCCACAAGUCAAUAUUUGAGGAGCAGGUAUUGGAUAUGGUGAUCCGUGAGACGUUUGUCCAAACUCAAGGUGUCAACGUAACUGGAAUGCGUGAGGAUUUUCUCCAACUAGCAAUUGGCGAGGAGAGUUUGUUGUGCCUUUCGCUUGUGGAUUCUGGACAGGAUAGUGACUCAGAAAUGGCAGGCCAUGAGCAUAAUAAUUCAGAGGCGAAUCUUGUGCUAGCCACCACCAAUGGGAAGCAGGAGCCUUUAAAAAGGGAUACCUCAGGGUUUCUUAACCCGAAAAGUCUGGAGAUUUACUUGCUACACCUGUUCCACGAGAACAUUCUCAGAAAAGUCAGGGAGAAAUAUCGUAAUAUUGUUCGCUACCAGAGUCCUGCUCAGACCGCAGAGUCUGCAGGUGAAGAUUCUGGCUUGCUAAGUCAUUUCUGCAUGACAGUGGCCCAUAAAACAUAUUCAAAAAAAGUGCAGCUGGAGCUAGAGAGUGUGGUUAGCAGGGUUCCGUAUCUCCAGCUGCGGUCCCUUCCUACGUGGCACUCUCGAACUUCUUCCUGGUCUCUCUGCUUAAGAGUCCCGCAACCCAUUUUGGCUGCUGAUCGGCCCACGAAGCCUUCAGACAAUGGCGAGCCCAAGUACAAAUCUUCCAGGACACGGUUCAACACGAAGAUUGUCUUGAAGGACGGCCAGAUAAGUUUAUUGGGUGAGGGUUCCCCGAGCAUCGCUGGGUCGUUGACUAGGAAGCCCUCUGACGGUUAUCUAAUAAACAGUUACAAUUGUGACUUGGAGGACCUCCCAACGAUGGUUCUGCAGCAGGUUGCGAGCCAGAUAAUAAACUGGCUCCACGAGGAGGCUUUGGUCCUGGGGAUGAGCGUGACUCGGGAUUUCCUGUGCCUCUACUUCGACCUGGAGCACGGUGAUACGCUGGGCCUGGUGGCGCACGUGGACCCGGACGAUGAAUACGGGUGCAUCUCAUGGUACCUGACUGUCGACCACCCGGCGGAGGAUGACGGGAAGGCACCAGCGGCGGACGACCCCUGGGCUGAGAAGCGCAGGUUCCUGGGGUACCUGUCCCUGGAGGUGCUCUACUCCACCCUCCUGGACCUCAUCAACCUCUGCGGCACCGGCGCCCGCCCGCUGAGAUGAUGAUAGAAGUGUGCUGCAGUGCUGGAUUGUGUGUCGUGCGAUGGGUAAGCGCUGGCUGCCUUUGCUGCUGGUGGCAGUCUGUUGCUUGUGCUGCCCUUCGGUGCCUUGCUUAGGUGCGCUGAUGCUGGGCGUGUAGUUACAAGCAUAAGCCAUGUAUUAAUUCGGAUCCUUGGUUUGGACCGAAACAGAAUCCUUGGUUUUAAUUCGGAUAAGCCAUGUAUUACUAUUACGGAAGACGACGUGAUUUCUGGUA